ACCUCUGAUCUGUAUCCCUAUAAGAACAAAACGAGAGUCCUUGCCUAAACUUAAGUUAGCUCUAAACUAAUCCUCUUUCUCAUAGAAACACCAUGGUGGUGAAGGUCUAUGGCCCUAUCUGUGCUGCCACAAAACGUGUCCUCCUUGUGCUGAUUGAGAAGGGCAUUGAGUUUGAAACUGUCCAUGUUGAUGUCACUAAAGGUGAACAGAGAAAUCCUGAAUACCUUAAAUUACAGCCCUUUGGAGUUGUUCCUCUGAUUCAAGAUGGCGACUAUACCUUAUAUGAAUCCAGAGCAAUAAUGAGAUAUUAUGCAGAAAAAUACAAGUCUCAAGGAGUUGACUUGCUGGGGAAGACGAUGGAAGAGAGGGGUCUAGUGGAACAAUGGCUAGAAGUUGAAGCACAGAACUUUCACCCAUUUGCUUACAACCUAGUGAUUCAUAUACUGUUUCCUUCAAUAUUUGGGGUCAUACCAGAUCCAAAGGUGAUUGAAGAGAGCGAAGCUAAGCUUGAGAAGGUUCUUGACAUUUAUGAGGAGAGGCUCUCAAAGAGCAAGUAUUUAGCUGGUGAUUUCUUCAGCCUCGCUGAUAUGAGCCAUCUUCCCUUCACUGAUUAUCUGGUGAACAAUAUGGGGAAGGAGCAUCUGAUAAAAAAGAGGAAGCAUGUAAGUGGUUGGUGGGAUGAUAUCAGUAACAGAGCUUCAUGGAAGAAGGUUCUGGAGCAUUACAGAGCUCCUAUAUAAGAUCAACAAGUUACUUGAAAUAGUGAAAUGAUUGUGUGGUUAGAAUAAAUCUGUGUUAUUAACUUCAUCAGUCCUGUGAGGAUUGAAGGAAAGUUAUGUGAGAUUUAGAGGUGUGGUUAUUGUCUGUGUAACCCGCUAAGCUUGUAGAAUGUGAAGGAGGUAUCAGGUCUGCAAAUUUCAUUUUUCUAUUCUGGGUUUGGUGUUGUGAUCUAGAAAUGAAAUAAGAAUGUUUAUUCUUCUUAUUAGAAAUGUGAAACUAGCUUUUGAAUUUGUGAUGUUGAGAAUUGACAUGUUUGGUUCAGUCUUCUUAUUUUA